AUGGCGGCGAGUAGUACUGUAUGGGACUCGGUUCUUGAAAUCACCAAGUCAGCUCAGUUCAAGAACAGUGAACCGCAACUAUGGGCGAUUCAACUCAGCUCCAGUCUCAACUCUGCAGGCGUUGAUUUGCCGUCAAUGGAGCUGGCUCACCUAUUGGUUUCUCAUAUCUGCUUUGACAAUCACGUGCCUAUCACGUGGAAGUUCCUCGAGAAGGCUCUCUCUUUCAACAUCGUCCCUCCCUUGCUUGUCCUCGGUCUUCUCUCUACCAGGCAGGCCAUCACCUUCAGGUUGUUCCGAAUCGACAGCUCCACCCAGCAGCAUAUAGGCUGUAUAUGGAACUCGAUCAUGAAAUCAAUAGAUGAUGUUGUUCAUCUUUCCCAAAUAUUUGGCGUGCAAUUGUGCGAACCUGGACUUCUUCUGGUUGAAUUUGUCUUUUCAAUUGUGUGGCAGUUACUUGAUGCUUCCUUGGAUGAUGAAGGGUUGCUGGAACUAAGUUUGGAAAAGAAUUCUAGAUGGCUACCCAGACUGCAGGAUAUGGAAAUAGAUGGUCAUGAGAACUUCAGUGAGAAGAGAAAUGAGCAGCACGAGGGGUUGCACAAAGUGAAUACUACAAUGGCUAUUGAGCUGAUUGGAGAAUUUCUAAAAAACAAAGUAACCUCAAGGAUACUUUACCUGGCACGUCGAAACAUGUAA